CAUUGGGAUUGGCAUUUAUACACUCAGAGCCACAUGGUCAAAGACACAACUUACUACGACAUUUUGGGCGUAGAGCCCACGGCCACUGCCGUGGAAUUGAAGAAAGCAUAUAGAAAGCAAGCUAUUAAACUUCAUCCAGACAAGAAUGCUAACGACCCUCAAGCAGCUGCCAAAUUCCAGGAGUUGGGAGAAGCCUACGGAGUACUUCAGGAUUCUAACAGUCGUGCUGCAUACGACGAACUUGGAGUUGAAGGUAUGAAGAAGUCAGAUGUUGGAGGUGUAGAUCAGGAUGUUGAUCCUGUAGAGAUGUUUGGUAUGAUUUUUGGAGGCAACAGUUUCAACGAGUGGAUAGGUGAGUUGUCGAUGUUGAAAGAGGUCAGUCAGACUGCUGAGGUUUUGGAUGAAAAGGAAGACGAUACUAUUUCUAUAGAUUCUGGCAAUGGGUCUGUUUCUGGUUCUGGAUUAGAAGGUAAAGUUGCGGAAUUGUCUGUUUCUGAUCAGGAUAACAAAGUGAAUCAGACUUCUGGUGCCAAUGUAGAGCUUACAUCUGAGUCUAUUAACAAGAAGAAAAAACAGAGAAUGACCCCUGAACAGAGAGCUGAAAUUUUGAGACUUCAUGAGGAGUCCAAGAAGGCUAAGCAGGCUAGAGUAGACGAAUUGUCGAAAAAUUUGAUUUCUCGAAUUGAAAAGUACCAGAGUGCUGUCACCAACAAGGACAGUUUGGCUCAGUUCCAGAGCAAGUUGUUACAGGAAUUCGAAGACUUGAAGAUCGAGAGUUUUGGAAUCCAAUUGCUUCAUUUGAUGGGCAAAAUUUACACUCACCAGGCCAAUGCCACUAUUCAAGCAUCUAGGACAUUUGGAGUAUCUAAAAUAUUCACCAGUGUCAAGACAAAGACAGACAACGUCAAGAAUGGGUAUAAUAUCUUAAAGACAGGGCUCGAUGCGCAAGCGUCAGUUGAAGAAAUGGUGAAAGAACAGGAAGCUGCUCAAGCUGCUGCCUUGGCUUCUGGUGAAGAAUUGAGUGAACUUGAGAGAUAUAGACAAGCAGAGAUGGAGAAGUUCAUAAUGGGCAAGUUCCUUGCUACUGCAUGGGCCACAACCAAAUUUGAAGUGACAGGAAUAUUGAAUAAGGUCUCCAAUGUAGUUUUGAACGACAAGAAGUUGUCGAAAAAAGAGCGAGUCAAGCGAGCCGAGGCUGUUUUGUAUAUGGCAAAGUUGAUGUCCCAGAUGAAGAGAACAGCCGAGGAGGAAGAAGAAGCCCAGAUCUUUGAGCAGAUGAUGGCUGAGGCCACUGCGAAGAAGAACAAGAAAGAUAGAAAUACAAGAACAGCCAAUCAAAAAGAAAUCGAAGAGUAUUUAAGAAAGAUGGCAGAGACCGAAGCCUCUGAAGCGUCUGAGCCGGAAACAAAAGCAUAGAGUAUAGAAGUGUUUAGUGGGCUGUGAAAUUGUAAUCUUAAGUAUUGAUAAAAAGUGAAACCACAUCAAUUGGAGAUUUUAAUAGAAGAGAUUUUGGAGUUUGCAA